AUGGAGAGCCUUCAAUUAUCCCAGGUUCUUGCCGACCUCAGUAAUAUCGGUGCCGCCGAUCCGGGAGCCGCAGAGGCCAUCGUGAGCGCAAACAACCCCUCCAACUCGAGUUACACCCGAGUCGAAGUGACUGCAGCUGCAACUGCCCCUACCUCGAGUCCUACUACGAAUCAACAGCGACGUCCCACAGGCUUACAGCGGCAUUGGUCGUCGGAGAAAUUCGACAAAUUCGGCCGCCGCAUUCUCUCUCCCGGCUCCCACUCCGGUUCAGCUGUAAACUCUAGCCCUGGAACUCCUCGCCGAGGCGAAUCUGAUGUGAGGCAACCCCACCAACCGUCGUCUCCAAGGCGAAGCUGGGACUCGGGCACUGACAGAACUGCUGCACAGUUCGAAGAGGACCUGGAGAGAGCAAGCACACUCAUGCAACUAUACGACAUUCGCUCCAAGAUCAAGCAGCAGGAUAACAGCAGCCUGCUCAGAGCUCGAGAGAAGGUCAACGCGAUAGCAGCGCGACAACAAGCUCAGCAGGCCGCAGAACGCAACAUGAAGGCAGCUGACGAACUUCGACGACAACGCUACUCUUUCCCAAGAGCCGGUCUCUGA